AAAACUCCCCGUGGUCUCAACGGUCCGAGAGAGAUCAUUGGCGAGUCUCAAUUUUCUCUGAUUGAAUUUGAAAUUCCAUUGAGCAUCUAAAUAUGUCCAGGAGUACGAGAAACGUUUGGAGAAAGCUAAAGUAUGGAAUAUUGACUUGUGGUGGUAUUGCAUCCGCAGUCUUGGUUUAUGGCUCAUUCACUGGUCAUGAACUUCUUUAUCGAUCAAUUUUAAUGCCAGCAGUAGCAUACAUUGACCCUGAGAAUGCUCACACACUGGCUGUGAAACUGGCCGCUCACAGCCUGGUACCUAAAGACAGAAGCAUGCCUGAUAAAGCUUUGGAGUCGAAAUUGUUUGGCAAAAUAUUUCCAAAUCCAAUUGGUCUCGCCGCUGGUUUUGAUAAACAUGGUGAAUGCAUCGAAGGAAUGUUCAAGAUUGGCUUUGGUUUUGUUGAGAUUGGGAGUAUUACACCACUAGCACAACCAGGAAAUGAGAGACCUCGUGUCUUCAGGUUAAAGCAGGAUAAAGCUAUCAUUAAUAGGUAUGGUUUCAACAGCGUCGGUCACGAUGUAGUGAUCAAUCGAUUGACUAAUGAAAAACGGCGCGUCAACCAAGGAGUCCUGGGCAUUAAUUUGGGCAAAAACAAGACGUCCACAUGUGCUGCAGAAGAUUAUGUUUCUGGUGUCAAGAAAUUUGCCCCUUUUGCUGACUACUUGACCAUCAACGUGUCCUCGCCAAACACACCUGGUUUGAGGUCCUUACAAGGCAAGAAAGAACUAAGAAAUUUAUUAGAAAAGGUUAUAAAGGCACGAGAUGAACUUACCCAAAGUCGUCCACCCAUCUUGGUGAAAAUUGCCGCUGACCUAACACCGCAGGCGAAGGAAGACAUCGCUGACGUCAUUACUAAAGCUCCCUAUAAAGUAGACGGUGUAAUCGUCUGCAACACGACAACGUCUCGUCCUGAAGAUCUGCGAAGCCAACACAAACACGAAACGGGUGGUCUUAGUGGCGAACCUUUGAAAAAACUUGCAACGCAAACCAUUCGCGAGAUGUAUACGUUAACGAAAGGUGAGCUUCCCAUUAUUGGAGUCGGUGGAGUAUCGAACGGUCGAGACGCUUACGAGAAAAUCCGAGCCGGUGCAAGUCUAGUGCAAAUAUAUUCGGCGAUAGCUUACGAGGGUUUCCCGAUUGUGAAGAAAAUCAAGCGAGAAUUAGCUGAACUUUUGAGGAAUGAUAAUAUCGGGUCUGUAUCAGAUGCAGUGGGUUUGGAUGCCGGUGAAUCUAACGAGAAGUUCUUAUAGGGCUUGGGAAGAUUGGAAUUAUUGUGAUUGAAUAGCUCAAAGAGGAUUAUCUCAUUGGAAAAACGUUCUGCCUACCACAUUGAUUUUUCUUUUGCAAAUGUCUCGUGUAUCUCCAUUUAAAUCGUUCCUCGUAAAUUCGCUCCACAUUUGUAGCAUAAGAUCGAGUUACAAUCAUUCACAAGAUUCUUGAGAAUGUGAUAAUAUUUUGAGUUUCCCGCCUUUUAAAUUAAACUGGCUUCGUGCUAACGUA